CUUUUAGUUAUUGGCUGAGUUUGGCUCAAAACGGGCGCUGGUAGCGGGUAAAUAAGUGUGUGAAAGUGGCGUGCAGAGUGAAUAGUAUGUGAAGAGAAAUUUUUGCAUUCUUUGAAAUAACACAAUUAAAAUCUUCCCACUCGAAUUCAAAGGCAACCAAUCGUAGCGGAAAUAACACAAGUUGAUUAUAAACAUAAUUUCAAGUGAUAACACAAAACAUCACAUCGCAACAUCACAUCGAUAUAUCACCACAUCACUACAUCAUCACAUCACCACGUACAUCAGUUAUGACUUCACACAGUUCAAGCUCAAGUUUGCUGGCACUGCGUUUUGCGUCAUUUAUGUUGCCCACCACAUUCGCCAUCGCCAAGGCAGCUUCUAGUAGCAAAUCUGCUCUUGCGGCAACCGCGAAGGAUUGCUUUGGCAAGGUUUGCAAGCCAAUUGAGGAGUAUUGUUCGAGUUUCUUCGACGGUUGUGAUCAGUGUGAGCGCAUUUGUGAUCAGGAGACGCAUAAUUACAAUGCCGAUGUCUGCGCGAGUGAAUGCUCUGAAUACAACAAAUUCGAUCCACUGAAAGCUGAAAUACACAGCAUACACGAAACACAGAAUACCAUACUGAUCUUGCUGAUCGUGCUACUCGCACUCAUCAUCAUACGUUACAUCUACAAAACCGGACGUUGGCUGAAACGCAAGCGAUUCUGCACAGCAAUGUUGAAGAAACUGCACAAACAACAUGAAGCUGCAGGCACAGGCAAAGAUUUGGUGGUUGGUGCGACCAUACCGAAUGUGAUGGCAAUAAAUGGUGACAUAGAGCGCGCGCCAUCACAGAUCUAUAGCGUGACAGGCGCCGAAGGUUCGGUAAUGACCAUGACCACACCCGUAAGUAAUCGCUAUCCGGCGGAAAAUAGCACCACACCAACCACUGUAAGCGGCGAAUAUUCAUAUGAUAAUCAAGCACUCGCCGUGACGCCCGUGUCAGAGAAGCCAAAUGGCAGUGUGCACGGCUUUUGAUCACGUCGGUUGGGGAAGAAGUUUUCGGGUACUAUGGAAGAGGAAGGAAAUUAGUAAGGGUAAAGGAUACUGAGUUCAGCUUAAGGAAUGUCAGGAAGUACAGUAAUAUUUUGAGCAGUUGUUGUAUAGUUGUGGAAGAUCGUUAGAUGAUGCUUAUGACUUAAUGGUUUGAGAAUAUGAAAAACACGUUAGGCAUGCAAAUGACGAUCAGCUGGUAAUUGAUCGUGUAGUUUUUAAUUAUAAUGUUGUAAGAAUUUUAAUUUGAUAAAAUUCGCUUUAAAUGGUGCUUCCACAAAGCACUUUCAAGCUCUGUAGUUUU